AUACGAUACGGUUUGUCGCUUAUUUGCAGUGUCCUGGUUAGGAAAAAGACGAAUAUUGGCUUGAUAGCUACUGAUUUCCAAUGUUUGAUUUCCGAACUUUCACUGUCGGGAUUAGUCAUCGGCUAUCCUUUUGAUAGGCAAAAGAGCAGCCCAACCGCGGUGCAAGUGAAGCUUUUUGUCGAUGAACUUACGAAAACAGGGAAAUUUGAAGAUUUAAAGUAUACCUUUUGGGAUGAGUGCUUCACUUCUAAGAGUGUCGAAUUUCUGCUGAAGCCUUUGUCGUUGCACCCAGUGCAACACAAGACAAUUUCGGACAAAUUUGCUGCUGUUGGAAUCCUUCAGGGGUACCUGGAUUUUGCCAACAGGAGUCAAGAUCAAAAUCAAGAAAGUCAACUGUUCUCAAAUGAAAAUGAUUUGGAGUCUGAGACUAUCAAUUAGUGUUGGCCUGAAAAAUAGUUGUACUUGUAGCACUAGAGAAAUUAAAAUUAAAAAUUGUAAUAAUGACUGUAGAGUAUUAAAUUAUCCAAUGAAUUUAGUUUCAAGGGAAAUAUAUAAUUCCGAUUUAAUUUGAUGAUUAAAUUU